UCCCAGUGUUCUCAGUCUGGACUCGUGUGAGGAGCACACAAGUCCGAGCUCCUUCUUCCCGCUCUUCACUGAGGUAACUCCGCACUUCGCCCUCUGAGGAAACUCGGCGCUCUCAGGUAUCUCCGCACUUCGCACUCUCACCCCCAGGAUCGUCCAACAUGCCAAUCAGCAGGCUCCUCCCCCUCCUCGUCUUCUUCUCCGUCCAGCCCAAUCAGCAGUCUCUGGGGUCAGAACUGGAGGAGGCGAUGGGUCGCAAGAACCCUGCUAUUCUCAUCAUAGGUUCGGGCAUUUCCGGGAUCGGAGCUGCCGAGAAGCUCUACCAGAAUGGCUUUCGUAACAUUAGGAUCCUGGAGGCUACAGGGAGGACCGGAGGACGCAUACAGACGCAGAGCUUUGCAAAGGGCCUGGUCGAGAUCGGUGCACAGUGGAUUCAUGGACCAUCCCCCGAGAACCCAGUUUUCCAGCUGUCAGCCCAGUAUAAUCUUUUAGGUCCUGAUGCCCUGCUUGAGGAGAACCAGAAAAUGGAUGCGGGAGGCCACCCUCCUGAAAUCCCUGUUCUCUAUACCAGCUCUGGAAAGAAAAUCAGUCCGCCAUUAGUGAUGAAUCUAACAAGUUUGUACUUUGAGUGGCUGGAGAAUGCUCGGAAUUUCACAAAAGAUACCUGCAGUCCAGAUGCCAGCGUGGGAAGUUUCUUACGCCAAGAGAUUUUUCGCGGCUCAAAGGAAUGGGAUAAGGACACAUAUGAGCAUAAUAUGGCAGUUUUAAGGUCAUUUCUUAACAUUGAGUGCUGUGUAAGCGGAACCCAUACAAUGGACCAUGUGGCUCUUUGUCCCUAUGGAGAGUAUACAAUGUUUCUAGGAUUGGAUUGCACCUUUCCUAAGGGCUUCGAAAGUCUUGUGAAUCGGAUUAAAGCAAAUAUUCCAAAUGACACUGUAACACUGAACAAAGCUGUUAAGAGAAUUUCCUGGGAUGGCUCCUUCCAGGGCAAUGACUUCCGUGUGUACCCGGUGCAAGUGCAGUGUGAGGAUGGAGACACAUUUGUGGCAGAUCAUGUAAUUGUCACUGUCCCAUUAGGAUUCCUAAAAAAACAUGCAAAUGAUUUCCUUAGCCCCCCCUUGCCUCCAAGUAAGAUACAGGCAAUAAAGAAAUUGGGAUUUGGGACCAAUAAUAAGAUCUUGCUAGAAUUUGAAAAACCCUUCUGGGAGCCAAACUCCACAUAUAUUCAGCUGGUAUGGGAAGGUUCUUCCCCUUUUACAGAACCUCAGAAAGACUUAAAGAAAAACUGGAUGAAAAAAUUAUCUGGAUUUGUGGUACUGGAACCACCAGAACAGCCCGGUCAUGUUCUUUGUGGUUUCAUAGCUGGCGAGGAGUCUGAAUAUAUGGAGAGCUUAUCGGAUGAAGAAGUCCUGUCCACAAUGACCUCCCUUCUGAGACAGUUCACAGGGAACCCUGAGCUACCCCCACCCAUAAGUAUUAUGCGAAGCAAGUGGCACAGCCAUCCUUACACUUAUGGCUCUUACAGCUAUGUGGCCGUGGGUAGUUCUGGAAGUGAUAUUGACAAUCUUGCAGAGCCUUUACCCAAAGAUUUGAAUGCCGCAAAGCCUUUACAGGUCCUUUUUGCUGGAGAAGCCACAGAAAGAAACUUUUACUCUACUACUCAUGGUGCGUUAAUGUCCGGACGAAGAGAGGCACAGCGUCUAAUUGACAGAUAUCCAGAACCGGGAACUGCUGUCAGCAAGGCCAAGCUCUAGCACAUUCAUCAAAGCUGUUCAGUGACAUGUCCAAACAGUUUAUACUGUUUAGCAGCAAACACAAUUGCAUUUUUUUUUAAUCAUGUUUUAAUCGAGAGGAAAAAAGGUGCAUUUAAAAAUACUAUGUAUUAAAAUAAUUAUAUUGCAAAUAAUACAUUUCAGUAUUGUUUAAAGAUA